UAUGUUAAAUACAGGCUUCAAUGCAAUUCAAUUCAUCCAACACAUGUGCAUGCAUAUAAUCAGAGAGAGAGAGAGAUGCAAACAUGCUGAGUGAAUUUUGACAAAAAAAAAAAAACAUGGUGAGUAUUCAGAGCUUAAUAUUCUUGAUGAUGACGACGACAAUGGCUGCAGCUGCAGCAACGAGGAAUUACACAGAAGCUCUGUCCAAAAGCUUCGUCUACUUAGAAUCGCAGCGUUCGGGUCGAUUACCUCGUAGCCAGAGAAUCGCAUGGCGCCACAACUCCGCCCUCACCGACGGCCUCCAACACGGCGUACGUAGAAAAUUCCAGGGUCCAUUCUGCGCGUUACAAAACUUCGCGUCUCGUUCUGCGAAUAACGUUAAAAUAUGCAGGUGGACUUGGUCGGAGGAUACUACGACGCCGGAGACAACGUCAAGUUCGGUUUUCCGAUGGCGUUUACGGUGACGAUGUUGUCGUGGGGAGUGAUCGAAUACGGCUCCGAAAUUUCCGACGCCGGCGAAUACGAUCACGCCCUUCUCUCCAUCAAGUGGGCGACUGAUUAUCUCAUCAAAGCUCAUCCUCGUCCCACCGAGUUAUGGGUCCAGGUGGGUGAUGGGGAGACCGACCACGGGUGUUGGCAACGGCCGGAGGACAUGACGACGUCGAGGAGAGCGUUUAAGAUCGACAAGAACAAUCCCGGCUCAGAAGUCGCCGGAGAAACCGCAGCGGCCAUGGCCGCAGCUUCCAUUGUUUUCCGUCCAGUUGAUCUACCUUACUCUCGUUUACUGCUCCGCCAUGCACGACAAUUAUUCGAGUUUGGGGACAAGUACAGAGGGAAAUACGACGAGAGCGUGAAGGAAGCGAAAGGAUACUACAAGUCGGUGAGUGGGUACAAAGAUGAGCUGUUGUGGGCUUCUCUAUGGCUCUACAAAGCCACCGACGAUGAAAUUUACCUCAACUAUUCCCUCCUUAACGCCCUUGAAUUCGGUGGAAUCACUUGGGCCAUCACCGAAUUCAGCUGGGACAUCAAAUUCGCCGGUCUCCAGAUCAUUGCUUCCAUGUUGCUGAGCGAAGAGAGACACCAGAAACACAGAAAUGUGUUAGACAAGUACAGGGAGAAGGCAGAGUAUUACCUCUGUGCUUGUCUCGGCAAGGGCGGUGCGGCUAAUGUGGCUCGAACCCCGGGAGGUUUGCUGUAUGUCAGGCAAUGGAACAACUUACAGUACGUGGUGACUGCCUCGUUUCUGCUCGCCGUCUACUCUGAUCAUCUCCGGGCCACCGGCCGGCGGCUCGUGUGUGGUCAAGGGGCAGUGGGUGCUGGUGAAGUCUUGGCCUUUGCGAAAGCGCAGGCUGAUUACAUCUUGGGCAAUAACCCGCAAGGGAUGAGCUACAUGGUCGGGUAUGGUCCGAGGUUUCCAGUGAGAGUUCACCAUAGAGGAGCCUCGAUUGCAUCGUACCGGGACGAGAAGGGUUUCAUCGGAUGCGUCGAUGGGUACCACCGAUGGUUCCAUAGCAAAGAUCCAAACCCGAAUAUCAUCAUCGGGGCUAUUGUAGGUGGCCCUGAUAAGAACGACGACUUCGAAGAUAGACGAGAUAACUUCAGACAGACAGAGGCUUGCACAUAUAAUACUGCUGCCUUUGUCGGGGUGUUAGCUAGAUUACAUGGACUGGAACACCAAUCCCCGACUGCUCAUAGUUAAACAAGGAAAAAAAAGAUUUUUUUUGUUUCAAAAGCUUCAAAGCAGCAUUGUAAAAGACUUCCAAUUCGGUGUAUACAGCAGGAACAUUAAAGAGGAACCUGGUGUAGUGAAACCAGACUAAGUUUCUUGAAGAUAA